AUGGGAGAAUACUGUGUAACAGGGGGUACAGGUUUCAUUGCGGCUUACCUUAUUAAGGCCCUACUACAAAAAGGACACAUUGUAAGAACCACUGUUCGUGAUCCAGAUAAUGUAGAGAAAGUGGGGUUCUUAUGGGAGCUAGAUGGUGCUAAAGAGAGGCUCAAGAUUAUGAAAGCUGAUCUUCUAGUUGAAGGUAGCUUUGACGAUGCUAUUCAGGGAGUUGACGGAGUCUUUCAUACUGCUUCACCUGUAUCAGUCCCUUACGAUGAUAAUAAAACACUGAUUGACCCAAGCGUAAAGGGUACCUUAAAUGUCCUCAACUCUUGCAAAAAAGCAACCAACUUAAAGAGGCUUGUGUUGACAUCAUCUUGCUCUGCAAUCAGAUACAGAGAUGAUGCCCAACAAGUUUCCCCUCUCAAUGAAUCCCACUGGAGUGACCUUCAAUAUUGCCAAAGAUACAAUCUAUGGUAUCCUUAUGCUAAGACUGUAGCAGAAAAAGAAGCGUGGAGAGUAGCCAAGGAAUGUGGUAUCGAUUUGGUGGUGGUAAAUCCAUCCUUCGUUGUGGGUCCUUUGCUUGCUCCUCAGCCCACAAGUACAUUGCUUAUCAUAUUGGCUAUUGUUAAAGGUGUGCUUGGAGAGUAUCCCAACAAAAGGUUAGGGUUUGUUCAUAUUGAGGAUGUAGUGGCAGCUCAUAUUUUAGUAAUGGAGGAACAAAAAGCUUCAGGUAGAUACAUAUGUUCAAACUCAGUGCAACACAUGUCGCAGAUCAUUGACAUGUUAAGGACCAAGUAUCCAUCUUAUCCUUUUGAGAACAAGUGUAGCAGCCAAGAAGGAGAAGACAUGCCACAUAGCAUGGACACCAGCAAGAUAACUGAAUUGGGUCUCCCUCCUCUAAAGACUCUCACUCGAAUGUUUGAUGAUUGCAUUAAGAGUUUCCAAGAAAAGGGAUUCCUAUGAGAUAUACCUAAGUUGUUACCUCUAUAUGUGACCUACAAGUUCUUUGUGCUUGGACAAAAGGGUUUAAGUAAAAAUUGAAGUGUUCCACUCCUUUACAAGAAAUAAAAGAGUUACUAAUAUCCUUU